AUAAAGUCUUCCUUUUUCCAGUUGAUGAAAAGUGUCUAUAACUAUAAGACGAAUUAUCCAAGGAAAGAACCAAAAAAUGGAGAAAAAAUGUCAUUUCAGAUUUAUUUUGUUCUUUUUAUUUUUGAUGUGCACAAUUGUGUUGAUUUCAGCAUGGGAGGGACAUAGCUGCACCAGGAAAAAACUAAAGUACAGAACGAGUUACUACUGUAGCUGUAAAAGACUCUGGUGGUGUUGUGGCCGAUCAGCUAGAAACACUCCAUAUUACACAUCAGAACAAAUUUGUUGUCCAGGAUGGGAACAUAACGGUGAUCAGAACUGUAACAUCCCAAUCUGUAUCCCACCUUGUCAAAAUGGAGGAACAUGUGUUAAUCCUAAUGAAUGCGAGUGCGCUGCUGGUUUUGAAGGUGAUUUUUGUGAUGGAACUGCAUCAUGUUCCCAUCUGGAUCCCUGUUACCCAGGAAGAUGUCUUGGUUCCAGUACUGCUAACAUGACUGAUACGAGUAUGACGACUGUUCCCACUGUUAUUACCACCACUGAUAGCUCUAUGAACGGUACUAACAGAACAGAACCAGAUAAUUGCAUCUGUUCUGAUGGAUUUGGUGGAGAAACAUGUUUAUUAUUUUCAGCAAACUUCACUCCUGUGAUCGAACAGAGUAAUGCAACCUUUACAAGACGAAAGGCAACUACACAUCAACUUAUUUCUGAAUAUAAAAUUGACGCUACUGACAAGACUGGAAUCGAUAUCACGUGGACAAAUAAUCCACAAUUUAAUAUUCUACAAUGUAAUAUUAUAGCUACAUUUGAUGCUGAUGAAUUAUUUGGAUAUAUGCCAAACAUUCCGGAUUAUAUCGGAAAUACUAGUUAUGGGAUAGUCAAUGCUCAUUUUGAGAUUAAGCACACAAAAAUUAAUCAAGAUGGUAGUAUAUAUGUAGCAGACAGAAACAAUUUAACAUGCAUAGAACCAACUAAUGAUAAUCCUGUAGAAGACUUGAAGUGUUUUAAAGAAACAAGAAACGACAUUUCACUGUCAUCCGGCGAUGUGUAUUCCCUUAAAUUUAUUGUGAUAUCUGGUGGAUACAGAGUUUUGAUAAACACAGACUACGGUAACGUGACAGAUACAGAAUAUUUCAUUGGUCCAAUGUCGCAAAAUGUCAUCGAGUUUCGUUUUGAUUAUGACGUACCAAUCCAUUGUUCUACAACUGGUGAUUCAGCAUGCAAUUUGGAUUCUGCAAUGACAUUAAACAAGGAUAUUACUCAGGAUACAAUAACUGGAAGUUGGAGUGGAUGGAUAGACACUCUGUCUGGUGUUCUAAGAUAUGUUUUUGAAGUGUGGAAAUUGGAAUUCAGUAUUGACGAAAAUGGACUUUUAGAACCGAAAAUAAAAUCUGAAUAUAAUCCAGAGCCAUUGUAUAUAACUGAAAUAAUGGCCGAUAACAUAUCAGUUCCAAUGUACGAGCCUAGUGGUCCCGGUGUAUAUUCAGUCAUUCUCGAAAUCAACGACCGGGCUAAUAAUUCUGAAUACGUGAGACGUAUUGCUAUAUAUGACAAAACUUCGCAUAUAGAUACAAGUUCAACAAACCAGUUGUUUGUCUCAUCAGCUUUAAGUGUUACAGAUUACAUAUGGCAGACAUUAUAUUUGAAAGAUAAUAUAACGCAGGUAAAGGUAAACUGGACAGGCCAUUUUUUCAAUGAAAUACACGAGAAGGGAAAUUUCCUAGCUAAAGUUCUUAAGUAUGAAGCAAGACUUAGCGAUCCAGAAAACCCACAUCGCCAUGAAUACAAAAGAAUUCUUGCUGAAUUUGAUGACAAUGAGGGGGCAAGAACAAAGUCUGCAAUACCGAACGUCCAUGCCAUUGUCAAAUUUCAAAUAAUACACGAAAAAAUAACUAGACAAAAAUCCGAACCCUCGGAAUCUAAUUGGAGAAUUGUAAAUCCUCUUCAAGAACACGAUACGAUUGACAUAGCACCUCAUACAAUAGAUGAUGGAUAUGCCGUGCAGGUCUGGGUGAAAGCCUUUGAUAUCAUGAACCAUACAAAGGUAGACACUACUGUUGUUCGCUUUGAUCAAUCACCACCGGAUCUGUAUGAGCCGGAUAUUACUUUUAACAUACACAUGUUAACCUCAAGGGUAACUAUCAAAUCCAAGGAUGACCAUAGUGGACUAAAAUCAUUGUCAAUGAAGUUCGUUCUAAACAGUACUGGCGAAGUUAAGACACCAAUAGAGGAUAUACUUGUCCCAUUACAGACACAGAAUGAAUGUCCGGAGAAUGUCAAUCCUGAUUGUUACUGUAUACAGGAUGACUGUUUUAACCAGAAAUUUGAAAUAAACUUUGACAACUGUAAAUUGACUGUUCCUGUAGACACUAUUGAAUUUGAAACAUACUCUCUACAUAUAACUGCUGUUAACCGUGCCAUGGUAACUACUUCUAUUGUUAAAGAGAUGGGAAUUGUGACUCAGUUUACUGGGAUACAACAAUAUUCGAGUCCAUUUAAUAUUUCAAUCAUAAAGACGACUGACAGGACAAUAACAAUACAAUGGAAGCUAUUACCCACAUGCUACGAUAGAGUUCGAAAUGUUGUUGUGGUCAAAUCCGAUAAUAAAACCAAGGAGUUCAAAGUUGACAAGGAUGCCACAGAGUUUACUAUACCAGAUCUUCAGGCAUCAUCUAGUCAUGACAUACAAAUGUAUUCAGAUUAUGGGAACGUGUCUUCCUAUAUACAAAGCUUGGCAACACCACUAGCCUAUGCAGCUUUUACAGCUGAUAAACCCUUUGAAUUCCCUCAGUAUGGUUUCUACGCCAUUGGAGGCGGAUUUGUUUUUAUUUUGGUUGUUGUUGUCUUAGUGUUGGUUGCCUUAGGCAGAAUGGGAAAAUUAAAUAAAGUUAAAAGACGUAUGACCAAACGUAUGAGUCAAAUUAGGAAUACGUGGUAUGAUCUCCGGCGUAUGGACCACACACCACCGAAAACCAGAAAUAAUCGUGCCAUCUCAACUGUCUUUGAUAGAGAUGUUCAUUUCCAUGGUGAUGUACAGUUUGAAGGGGAACAACAUUGGUACAUCAGACGUAACAAGUUGUCUUUAGAAGAAGAAAUUGCACGAGGGAAAUUUGGAAUAAUAUUUAGAGCUAAACUUUAUACCAAUAAAAACUUGGAGGAAACUGUUGUGGCUAAAACUGUUCAUGAGGACUGCACUGAUAUACAAAGAACAGAGAUGAAAGCAAAAAUCAAUUUCUACGCCACCAAGGUUGGACAUCAUGUGAAUGUGUUGGAGUUUAAGGGAUCUUGUGAGGAUGACGCACGUGGUGAUAUUAUGGUUUUGGAGUAUUGUGACAAUGGGACAUUAAAGCAAUACCUGGAUACUGUGCGAGAGUGUUUUACUGCGGAGAUUUCAGAUAAAUUAGCAAGAUUAGCAUAUGGUAUAUGCUUAGGAAUGGAUUACUUGGCUUCUAAAGAGAUAGUUCAUCGAAAACUUGCAGCAAGAAAUAUUUUACUGAAUAAACUGUUUGAACCUAAAAUCGCUGGAUUUGGUCCAAGUCACGAAGAAAUAGGACAAAAUGUAAAUAAUAUACACGAAAAUAUCCCAGUAAAAUGGGUUGCACCUGAAUGUAUCACAUCAAGUGACAAAGCCACGGAAUUGAGUGAUGCCUGGUCGUAUGGAGUUGUAUUAUGGGAGAUUUUUUCGUUAGGUGAAACUCCUUACCCGUCAAUGAUGAGCAGCGAAGUUUUCCAGUACCUGAAAGCAGGAAACAGGAUGAACCGACCAGAGUAUUGUGAGGUUAUAUUUUACAACAUUAUGAAGAAAUGUUGGAAGUAUGAUCCAAAUCAAAGGUCUGGUUUCUCGAGAAUCAAGGAACAACUGCGACCUCUAUUUCACGAAGGAGAAGGCGAUGACAUAUACAUGACAUCCUAAGAAUGAUAUAAUACUU